GGGCGGGAGGGACAUUAUUCAACCCGGAACUGUGAAUGUGAUCAAUUAGAACUCUCCGAAAACUUUGGACGAAAUGUAACAGCCGAUCGUUCGUAAAGAAUCAAAUCACUGUCGCCGUUUCGCGCGAACAAAGCGCAAAUGUUUAUCUGCUCCGCUACCCCGCGACCUCGCAGAGCGUGAUUUUUUUCCUGCUUUCCCACAGGGUUGUAGACGUACAUUUUUCAACAUGCCGCAGCAAAAGGAUAUAGUAAAGAUUGCUAUUCAGAUGCCGGGCGCAUACCCGCAGCUCAUUCAGCUAGACCAGAAAAAGCCCCUCACUGCUGUCAUAAAAGAGGUUUGCGACAAGUGGAAUCUUCCGGGUCCUGACAACUAUGCUCUGCAGUAUGCCGAUGGGAUCCAGACGUACAUCACUGAAUCUAACCGCAUAGACAUCAAAAACGGCAGCAUCCUGCGUUUAACCAAAGCACCAGGCCGUUGUGCUGAAGAUCUGUACAAAGGCAUUCAGAGUUCAGACUCCGGCGUGCGCUGUGACUCUCUGAAGCUGCUGGCCGACGUUUCCACCGACAUCACAUUCGCUCAAGAGUUCAUCAGCCGUGAUGGGCACUCCCUGCUCGUCAAAAUAGUGGAGGACGCUCACGAGGCUCCUCUGAUAAUGACACACACUCUUAGUGCUUUCAUGGAGCUCAUGGAUCAUGGCAUUGUGUCCUGGGAGAAUCUGUCCAGCGUCUUUAUCAAAAAGAUCGCCAGUUUUGUGAAUGCAAAGGUUCUGGACACGUCUAUCCAGCAGGUGUCGCUGGCGAUCUUGGAGAGCAUGGUGCUCAGCAGCAGUAGUUUGUUUAAUGAGGUCAAACAAGAAAUCACCCUUGAGAGGCUCAUUUCCCAUCUGCAGGUAACAAACCAGCAGCUGCAGACUAAGGCCAUGGCUCUGCUGAUGGCGAUGCUGCUGGCUGGUGGUGAGGCAGACAGACAGGAGCUCUUUGAAUUUCUUGAGAAAAGGAACCUGCGCCAGUAUAUUCACAAGAACAUCAUCCACAGUUCUAGUUCGGUUGGAGAUGAGAUGGCCCACUACCUCUAUGUGCUGCAGACGGUCCGUCUGAACCACCUGGAGGCCCGUAUGAGGACACCUCUGGACUCCUACAACCAGGAGCAGAGGGACAUGCUUCACGGGCUCAGGCAGGCCGCAUUUGAGAUGGAAAGCGAGAGCGGUCUGAGUAACGAACGAAGACGUUCCCUCUGCGCUAAAGAGUUUAAGAAACUUGGCUUCUCUAAUAACAGUAAUCCUGGUCUGGACCUGAGCCGGUGUCCUCCGGGUCUCCUGGCGUUGGACACCAUGGCGUAUUUUGCCUCCCGUUACCCUGACGCAUACAGCAGAUUUGUGCUGGAGAACAGCAGCAGAGAGGACAAACACGAGUGUCCGUUUGCCCGCAGCAGCAUUCAGCUCACUCUCAUCUUGUGUGAGAUCUUGCGCAUCGGAGAACCCCCUUCUGAGACCGGCUCGGACUAUCAUCCCAUCUUCUUUGCUCAGGACCGACUGCUGGAGGAGCUUUUCUGCAUCUGCAUUCAGCUCCUCAACAAGACGUGGAAGGAGAUGAGAGCCACGCAGGAAGACUUUGAUAAGGUGAUGCAGGUCGUCCGGGAGCAGAUCACCAGGACUCUGUCCAGCAAACCCACGUCUCUGGAGCUCUUCAAGAAUAAGGUGAAUGCACUGAACUACAGCGAGAUUCUCAAACUGAGACAGACGGAAAGACUGCACCAGGAGGAGACGCUUUCUCCACCUGUGCUGGAACUGAAGGAACGUCUGAAGCCGGAGCUUCUGGAGCUCAUCCGACAGCAGAGACUGAACCGGCUGUGUCACGGAACGCUCUUCCGGAAGAUCAGCAGCCGACGGAGACAAGAUAAGCUGUGGUAUUGUCGACUCUCUCCUAAUCACAAAGUCCUGCACUAUGGAGAUGUGGAAGAGCAAACGGAAACGCCUUCCAUCGAAGCUCUUCAGGAAAAGAUUCCUGUCGCAGACAUCAAAAAUGUGGUAACUGGGAAAGACUGUCCUCACAUGAAGGAGAACAAGGGAAAACAGACCAAGGAGGUGUUGGACUUGGCUUUCAGCAUCACAUAUGACGUUGAAGAGUAUAGCUUGAAUUUCAUCGCCUCUUCCAGAACAGAUUUCUGUCUGUGGACGGAUGGGCUCAGUGUGCUUCUGGGUAAAGAAAUGAGCAGCGAGAGCAUGCACAGCGAACUAGAGAUUCUCCUCUCUAUGGAAAUCAAGCUCCGCCUCCUGGACCUGGAAAAUGUCCCGAUCCCAGACACAGCACCGCCAAUCCCCAAACCACCCAGUAACUUCAACUUCUGCUACGACUUCAGCCAAGCCGAACAAUAACACAAGACCCGUGUGGUCCGCGGUAGCUACUGCAUUACUAAGACAGGUAACAACUGGGAAUGGCCACUCGGUGGCAGCAGAAAUGCAAGUUUUCAGAAUGGGAGACAUAUGAUCGUAUUGUUUUUUCCUUGAAACUCAUAUAAUAGACCUGUCUGAAAUUCUCAGGUCUGAAUGCACACUUUUUGUGGUACUUUUCCCCUUUUUUACUUAUUUAGCUUCUACCAAAAUUGUACUAAAAGGCAUUAAAUGGCAUCAAGCAGCUUAUUUGGGAGGGAAUAAAAGAUUUAGAUAUAUGUUAGAAACAUUUUUGCUUAAUGUUGGCGUCCCUAUUGAUUCCUUUCAUCCCUUCAGUGUUUUUGAGACUCAAAAUGGUACUCAUCUGGUCCGAUGUUAUACAGUUUAACAUUUGAAACAAUCGCUGAUUAAUAGUUGGAAUUAAAAAAUAAUUUAUGUGCCUGGAACAUUUCAUGUUUCUGUUUCAGUAUGAAACUCAUACUGAUGCAUGGAUGGCAUUGUUGCAUUGGCAGUCUGUUGCAUUAUUAGGUGCACUUAGCUGGAUUACAUAGGCGAUCAACAGAUUUGGUACUGAAGUGGGAUUAAUCUCCAUAUGGAACUUGGUUUGGAGAUCUAAUAUGUUUUAUGUGUUAUUAGAGGACUAGUUUGGCCAAGUGGUUUGGAGACACUCUUUAAAUAUAAUGGUGAUUUGAUACUUUCAGCUUUGUCACAAUCACAUUUUCAACUUACACUUGAUAUACAUAAUUUCACUUUUUUUUUGGUCCAACUUGUCUGUUUUGAUAUAACCAGUUUCCCUUUAAUACAACUAGCUGUGUAGGAUUUUACAUCAGUAUUUUGUAUGGGAAAUAAUCAUGUUUUAAAAAGAUUUAGUGGCAUUUUAUCAAGAGUCGGAUUUCAUCCACUAAUUAUUUUGGCUGAAGAUCUAAAUGUGGUUUUAUGGCCACAUAACAAGCACUUCAUAUAGUAUGUUGAUUUAUAAUGCAUACAAUGUAUCAAGAACAAAAAUAUAUAAUUAAAAUAUUCUGUGGUGCCAUUGUAAAAUGCAUUAAUGGAGCUGACAACUUUAAUGUGUACAAAAUAUGCAGGAUUUGCUGUAAUCCACUGAUGUUGUGUUCUUAUGUGGUUUUCACAAAUCUAAUGACAACAUGAUCUAGCAAAAAAAAAAAAACAAUCCAUGUACUGUAUUUGCUGUUUUGUAUAUAGCUUUCCUUGUUAAACUUUUGGUUUUGCGUAACUAUCUUUAUCAAUGAUGUGGCCACUUUACCAGCUGACAAUGGUACGUGAUAUUAAUUCAAGAUUUGUUUAUUCUUUGUUUGGAAUAAAAGAAUAUAUAUUAUUAUAA